GCAGAAUGUCACGCAUGCGCGACUCAGAGCUAACCCGAGAAGUUCCUAGUCUUUGUCAGGCCUGGGAUGGAAGGUCACAUGUGAUCUUAGCGGCGACGCUCUCCACGGAGCCCAGCAGGGAAGAAGUCCUUCCAGGAUCCGUGGACUGCUGACUGCACGAACCAGAGAAGAGCAGGACCUUGGGACAUGGAAGAGGUGGUAAUCAUGGAGACCGGUUUGGCCGAAGUGCCCCAGAAAAGAGCUCUGUCUUCCCAGGAUUCUCUCCUUUCCCAAGAGAAGAGUGCAGAAGGAGACGUGACUGCGCUGAGACUCACAGCCAGAUCCCAGGAAGCCAUGACAUUCAAGGAUGUGGCCAUGGACUUUACACCAGAGGAAUGGGAGAAACUGGAUGCCGCACACAGGGACGUGAUGCUGGAGAACUACAGGAACCUGGUCUCAUUCUGGCUUCCCAUUUCCAAAGCUGAUAACUAUAAUUGGAAAGAUGGAAAAGAACUGUCGAAGUUUGAGAAGAAGUCUCCCAAGUGCAGUGACUCAGACGUGGAAACCAGAUCUGAGAACAAGGAGUCAACUUCAGUGCUGGACUUUUCCAAAGAAGAAUCUGACAGACUGAUGCAAAAUACUGCUUCCGACUCCGACACGGAAACCGCUCUUGGGUGUGAGCGUUGGUUAGAGCAUCAGCAAGGGACACGGGAGGCACACCCAAGACAAAUGUCCAUGCACAGGAACUCCCUCCCUGUGGAAGAAGAGAGUGAAUGUGAUGUAUAUUGGAAAAGCUUCAGCCAGAAACCUCUCCUUAGGACUGAUGACAGAGAUCCCAAAGGAUCCUGUGACUUCCACACGCUUGGGAAAAGACUGAAGCAGAAAUCAAAGUUAAUGAAAAAGCAGAGACCUUAUAAAGAGAAAAAACCUCAUAAAUGCGAUGUGUGUGGUGAGCUCUUCACUUACCGAUCAGUGCUCGUCCGACACCAGAGAGUCCACACUGGAGAGAAGCCCUACACAUGCAGUGAGUGCGGGAAGUCCUUUAGCCACAGAGCCAAUUUAACCAAACACCAGAGAACGCACACUCGAAUUCUCUUCGAGUGUGGCGAGUGCAAGAAAACCUUCAUAGAAAGCUCGUCCCUUGCAGUCCAUCAGAGAGUUCACACUGGGGAGAGGCCUUAUGAGUGUGGUGUGUGUGGGAAAGGCUUUAACCGAAGUACCCACCUUGCCCAGCACCAGCUGAUUCAUUCUGGGGUGAAGCCUUAUGAAUGCAAUGAGUGUGACAAAGCCUUCAUUCAUUCAUCGGCUCUCAUUAAGCAUCAAAGAACUCAUACUGGCGAGAAGCCCUACAAAUGCCAAGAGUGUGGGAAAGCCUUUAGCCACUGCUCAUCUCUUACGAAGCACCAGAGAGUUCACACGGGGGAAAAGCCAUACGAGUGUAGUGAGUGUGGGAAGACCUUUAGUCAGAGCACACACCUUGUUCAGCACCAGAGAAUUCACACUGGAGAGAAGCCCUACGAAUGUAAGGAAUGUGGGAAAACAUUCAGCCGGAGCUCAAAUUUUGCAAAGCAUCAAAGAAUUCACAUUGGGAAGAAACCCUAUAAAUGUGGGGAGUGUGGGAAAGCCUUCCUUCAUUCAUCAGCUCUUAGUCAACACCAGAGAACUCACACGGGAGAGAAGCCCUUCAGGUGCAAUGAGUGUGGGAAAAGCCUCAAGUGCAGCUCAUCUCUCCUCCGACAUCAAAGAACUCACACAGAAGAGCAGUCCUGAGGAGUACUGAGUGUUACGUGAAGGUUGGCUUCAUCGCUGAGCUUAAUGUUUGAUUGCUGAAAUAGAAGGACCAUAAUGUGACCCCGGGGA